AUGCUCAGGAAUCCGGCUCUGGUCUCUCAAAUACGUCUUGCUGCGGCUAAUCAACGAAAAAGCCGCGAAGUUCAGUUGCUCAGAAAGCGAGAAAAGAUCUUCCAAAAACCGCCAAAAGGACCCGUCAACAACCGAUUGAUCCAAGAACUUCCAGAAUACAACGAUCGAGUUUCCAUCGUCGGCCACAAUCGCCGCCCUGGCCGCCCCAAAUUCUACUCGCCAGCGAAGAUUGAAAAACUCAUGGAAAAUGACGAUUUGAGAACGAGGGAAAUCGAGACGCUUUUUGAAAAUGAAUGGAGAGACAAAGAUCCCUACAAUUAUCCGCUUUUUGAUGUUCGAAAGUAA